AUGAGCUCUUACCCCAUAUUCAUAGGAUCUGAACUUCUCGGCGACGCGCGCGCCGCGCUUCACGCAGGUAUGUGCGCUCGGCGGCUGCAUAAAUCCCCUCGUACGAGAAAGGGCAAGGUCUCCAAGACGCCGCCGAAGGUUUUCUGUGUGAAGCCUCCGAUUGACAUCGUUGAACGCGACGGAACCUACCUGGCGCACAUCGCCAAUCCAGGUGUGGCUAACCAGGACGAUAUUAAGGUCGAGUACCAUGAAGACCGCAACACUGUGAUUAUCUCAGGCAGCCUGCCUGUGAUGGCAGGCCAGCGUCAAGGCGAUAAGUGCCAUAUCAAGGAACUACCAUCCGGCAACUUCUGCCGUGAAAUCGACUUUCCAGAACACGAGGCGAUCGAUGCCUCCAAAAUCAGCCUAGACUACGAGCACGGUAUCUUGAGCAUAUCGAUACCCAAGCUGCCGGUUCGACGGGCGGCCACUGUGCAGAAGAUAAAAAUUAGGGGUUAG